GCAUCUUCUAAAUCCCAGUUGGAAAUCAUUGAUUUAGACCUUUCCAAUGGAGAAGGCCUAAUGGGCAUUAGGUCCCCUCUUGCGAUGACAUUGGAGGAGGCGGAGACAGACAAGACCUGAGCUGGAAUAUGGUCUUUAGGUGAUCAUAGAAGAUGGACAACAAACACAAAGAAUUGCUGAGACGUCAUCGUCUGAAGCUGUGUGCUGAGGGGCUGGCAGAGGGUCUUGUUCCUGAAUAUCUUCUUCAAGAAGGAAUUAUCACUAAUAACCAUUUAGAGGAGAUACGUGCACAAGACACAAGCCAGAGGAGAACAAUGAAGCUUUUAGAUAUUUUACCAACCCGUGGACCUCAAGCUUUUGGUGUUUUUCUUAAUUCAUUAUCAGCAGAGUUUCCAUGGGUAAAAGAAGAAAUCGAAAGACUUUGCAAGGAACAUUGUGAUGUGUUUCCAAGGGAAACAAAUCAUGAAUUGCCGAAUAGUAUCCGCAACAGCUGUCCAACUGACAAGCAACUAAACGUCCUUGCUGCCAAAUUAGGACCAGAGUGGGAGCAAAUACUAAUUACUUUGGGGUUGGAACAAAAUCAGCUAUACAGGUGUAAAAGUAACCAUCCAUACAAUGUUCAUGGACAAGUGAUGGAAGCAUUAGUCAAGUGGAAGCAACAGAUGGGAAGCAAAGCCACUAUGCAGUGUCUUUGGGAAGCUCUAAAACAAGCUGAGGUGGAUCCCUCAGUGAUACAACACUUGUUUCAGUGAUACAAUAUUUAGUGAUUGCUGGAAAGGAUACAUGAUUUUUUAAUGAAAAUAGCUGGGAGAUGAAUGUUGACCACUUUAAAGGAACAAUCCAAACA